GAGGCUUGAAUGUUUUGGGCGGGCCCGCAGCGCGUGUCUUUAAGGGCGCCGCAUUUCUCCAAUAACGCGCAGUUACCCCGACAGCGUCGCGCUACAGCGGCGCGCUGUGUAGGGGUGUGUGCUCUGCGCUUGGCGCACGCGAAACGACUGCCUACGUCGCGAUCUCGGUCUUUGGCGCGGCCCCUGAAUUUGCCGCGCGUCGGGCGAAUUCGUCGCCGCGCGUCAAAAAACGCGUGGAACGGACCACAGCGGUGGUCCCGCGGCCGGUUGCUGACGCGGGCGCGCUGUUUUUAGCGCCCCCAAGCGGUUCCCUCGUUGGGCGGGAGAUCGGCGCCGAGCGCUCAAAAUAAAAAACCUGCCCAAUCACCAAGAUGUUGACAUUAGGCUUUCACAACCCCUUCGCCGUGCUCGGCAAGGAAAGCCCUAAGCCAGAAACGCGCGCCAGCGCCCAGGGCGCGAGCUACCCGGGCGUGCUGCGGCGCGCGCUGUCGCCGAAGAGCCCGCCGCGGAGCCGCCGCGGCAGCGCGGACCUCGCGUCGCCGCGGUCGCCGCCGAAGGUGACGCAGGCCUCCCAGGGGGAGAGCGACGCCGACGGCACGCCGCGGCAACCCAAUGAGGACGUCGCGCCCAUGGUCGAGGCGGGCACGCCCCUCAAGGCGUUCCUCAACGCGCUGGUGAACGCCGAGGCCGCCGUCGCGGCGGCCGACGGCGCGCCGCGGCGGCCCCAGCCGCGGAGCCCCCCCAGAGUUGAGGACGCCGGCGGGCGGCGGUCCGCGCUCAAGUCGCCCGAGAACCCGCGCCCGCGCAAGCGCGCGCGCGUGACGUUCGCGUCGCAAGAGCUGAGCGCGCUGCCCUUCACGCCGCCGCCCGACGAGGCGGCGACGGACGACGGCGACCCGAUCGCGGACCUCCUCGACCACCUCUCGGCGGCGUUGGACAGCGCCGACGCGGUCCGCGCGGCGAUCUGCGACGGCGACGAGGCCACGCAGCGCAGCGUGGCGCGCGUCGCGGCGGCGCUCGACUCGGAGCAGACGUCGAGCGGCGCCGACCGGCGCGCGGCGCGCGCGGCGGCCUUCCUGCGCGACGAGGUCGCGGCGCUGGCCGACGACCGCGCGUCGUCGGCCCUCGAGGCGCGCCACGCCGAGGUCCUGAGCUCGCUCGUGCGGCGCGAGCUCAAGCUUCUGUUAAAUGAUGCGGUCGCGAUCGUCCAGGGCACGGGCAGCGUGCGCUUCAACUUCGACGACCCCGCGGCAUUAUUACACCGGGCGCUGCGGGCGCUCGAGGACGGCGGCGGGCCGGCCUGGGCGCGGCGCCGCGCGCCGCAGGCGACGGCCUCGGAGGAGGAGGCGCGCGACGUGUUGGGGUUGGCGGCGGCGCACGGCUUCGCGCUGUCCGUGCUCACGCAGUCGUCGGUCCGCGCGAAGCUCGCGGCGGGCGACUUCGAGCGCCUCGAGCGGCUCUGCGCGCGCAUCCGCGGCCCCGUCGACGCGUCGCUCAACGAGCUCGCCGCGGCCGGCGCGUCGGUCGAGACGCCCCAGCCGGUUGAAGAGGAGGACGAGGACAAAAAACGGCCGGCGUCGCCGGCGUCGCAGGCCGUCGGCCGCGCGGCGGCCGCGGCCGCGGCGGCCGCGCGGCUGUCACAAGAGAAGGAGGAACCCGAGGCCGCGCCGGCCGUGUCGCCCGAGGAGGAGCUGCCGCCGCCGCCUCCCCCAACCUCCAUGCCGCCGCCGCUCCCGGCCGUGUCGCAGUCGCCGGUCCAAGAGGCGCCGGACUCGCCGACGUCCGUCCAGGCGGCGUCGCCGUCCAUUAGUCCGCGGCCGAAGUCGCCCUUACCGAAGUUCCACUCGUCGGCGCCUCCCCGAUUAGCCUGCCUGGCGCCGCUCAAGGACGCGCACGCGCUCAAGUGCGCGCUGCUGGCGUGCGCGCCGGACGCGCACGCGGCGGCCGCGGACGCGAUCGCGCGGCUCUCGGCGCUGCGCGACGCGCGCGAGGCCGAGGCGGCCGCGCGGAGCCGCAAGAAGAAGAAGCGCAAGCGCCCGAAGCCCCUCUUCGACGAGCUCGCGGCGGCCGGCGUCUUCCUCUACCCGGAGAUCGGCGCCUUCGACGCGGCGGAGUAGAUGGUAGGGCUAAGUACUACUCACAAA